UACGCAAUUUUUGGGAAAUGACAAACAAUCUAUCAUCACACCCAUUCUAAUGUGUGGUGCCUGGGAUCUGGGCUAUAUAAGGAGAGGUGCAGAGGGCUUAGGGCAGACAGACUUUCUCCUCUGCAGUAGAAGGUUACAUUCAUGGGAAGAUCAUUGUUUACCGUGUUACAGACAGUGGCUGCUUUGGCAAUUUGUAAAGCAGCCCCUACUACAAGUCAAGAUGUCACUCUGUCUUCAGAUGAGGCCAGAGCUAAGGCCUAUCUAUCCCAGUUUUACUCGGUUGCUGGCUCCAACAACUCCAUCAUGUCCAGGCGAGUGAUGAUGGACACCCCAGUGGACUCAUUUGAGAGAGACCUGAGGAGCAUGCAGAACUUCUUUGGGCUGGAGGUGACAGGCAGGCUGGACUCGAACACCCUGGAGGUGAUGGCCAAGCCCCGCUGUGGGGUCACAGACGUGGCCCACUACGGACACUUCCAGGGCAAGCCCCGCUGGAAGCAGAGCAUCGUCACUUACAGAAUUACUGAGUACACGCAUGACCUGAGUCGGCGUGAGGUGGACUCCACCAUCGCCCAGGCCUUCAAGCUCUACAGCGACGUCAUCCCACUGGACUUCAAGCAGAUCUACAGUGACACCGCUGACAUCAUGAUCCUGUUUGGAGCCAAAUACCACGGUGACUUCUACCCCUUCGAUGGGCCGAAUGGUGUCUUGGCCCAUGCAAACUCACCAGGAGAAGGCGAAGGUGGUGACACACACUUUGAUGAAGAUGAGUCUUGGACUCUGAGCCAGAGAGGGAUAAACCUGCUUCUGGUGGCGGCCCAUGAGUUUGGCCAUGCUCUUGGAUUGGACCACUCACGAGACAGCUCAGCUCUGAUGUACCCCACAUAUCACUUCGUGAACACAAAAGGAUACAGGCUACCUGCAGACGACAGGCGGGGAGUACAGGCCUUGUACGGUGUCCGGACAACACCAGGUCGACCGGAACCAACAAGACCCAAGCCUAAACCAAAGCCCAAACCAGAACCUAAGCCUGAUCCUAAACCCAAGCCUAGACCAGAACCCAGACCAAACCCUCCAGAAAGAUGUAACAGGAACCUUGUCUUUGAUGCUGCCAGUACCAUUCGGAGUGAGCUGUACUUCUUCAAAGAUGGGUAUUACUGGAAGAAGAGUGGCUAUUGGAAUGGAGUAAUGACGAAGACAGUGAAGGGAACCUGGCCUAGCAUUAGCCAUGUUGAUGCUGCAUAUGAAUACAAGGGACGAGACAUCGCCUUACUAUUUGAAGGAAGAAGGUACUGGGGCACCAGAGGCCUUACUGUCCUAUCAGGUUAUCCCAAAUCCAUCUACAACUUUGGCUUCCCCUCAUACGUAACCAAGAUAGACUCUGCAGUUCAUGUGGCAUCCACAGGGAAAACCCUAUUCUUUGUGAGAAACAAAUACUGGAGCUUCAAUGAAAGGAUGAGCACAAUGGACCGUGGCUACCCCAGAAGCAUUUCCCAGGAUUUCCAUGGUAUUGGCAGGAAAGUUGAUGCUGCUUUUGAAAACCAUGGUUACCUGUACUUUUCAGAUGGCCCCAGGCAAACAGAAUACCACUAUCCAUCAAAGAGGGUGAACCGUGUCUUGUUGAACUAUGGAUGGCUGGACUGCUACUAAAAAGAGAAUCAUUAAUAAUUUUCAGCUGUACAAAGUAUUUAUGUUGUCAUCAAGAGUUGCGACUAUACCCAAUUGGCAAUAUAGUAUUUUUCUACAUAUAUGCAUUUUCAAAGAUGACUUUACUGAUACCAGUUUUGGAACAAGUGUUCAAUUUGAUCAGAGAACAUUAUCAUGACACAAGGCGAGACCCAGAUGCAGAAACAGGAGGCAGAUGGUUGGAGUCUUACAAUGUUUAAUAAUCCAAAAGUUGUAGGCAAGAGAAUGGUCAUGGACAGGCAAAAGGUCAAAACCAGGAGUCCAGGAGGCACAGAGUGGCAGAAAGACUCGUGAUUAAGGCAGGCAGAAUGGUCCGGUAGGCGGAUACAGAGUCUAGAACAGGCAAGGGUCAAAACCAGGAGGACUAGAAAAAAGAGAAUCGCAAAGGCAGGCAUAUGGGGGGAAAAAACACAGGUUGACUUGGAACAUACAAGACGAACUAGCACAGAAAACACAGGGAUAAAUACAUUGGGGAAAACAAGCGACACCUGGAGGGGGUGGAGACAACGAGGACAGGUGAAACUGAUCAGGGUGUGACAACAUGUCUGAAUUUAUUGAAAUAUGUUGAAAAUAUUUUUCUACAACUUGGGAGUGCAUGGAGUUUAUUGAGGAAUAUGUGACAGACCUGAUGUUGCACACACAAACAGUCUAUUUCAUAUAUUCAUAGUGCAUUUGCUAUGAACAAUUGUUAUAGGAAAUUAUGGGAAAUUACUAUCCUUCUUUACGGAGGAUUUGAAUGGGUGACGGAAGCCUAGAUAUAGAACACCCCAUUUUUCACAUGAAUUAAAACUAUGUCACUACGUCAUUAAAAAUAUCAUGUAUUUUUUUACUGAAAGAUACUGUUGUAAACACAUAGAUGUUUUUAGUUGUUUUCUUCUAGGCCUUCAGGCAGGGAAUCUACACCAGUUUGAAACUAGAAAGUUUGAGCUACUUUAUUAGCACUGGUCCUAAGUAAAAUGGUGGACGCAUUCAAACUAGAAUUUCUGUCUAUGGCGCUUCCUCACUCACCAACCCAUAGCAAUAUAAUACAUGUGCUUGACUUGUGGAGCAAACCGACAUGAAUAGAACAUUUAGCAACUCUUCAUUGCUUCUUUGUUGUUGUUAAACCAACAAGUUUAGUGUAACCGGCCCUUGGCCUUCCUAAGGGUCUUUACAGACUGACCUAUGAAGGAGAAUUUUAUGUUUUCAAAAUGGGCCCAAUUGCAAUAUUGCCAAUCUAUUGGUCAGUUCAAAAACCCAUUGCCCAGAUUUUUGUAACAUCCUUCAUGUGUCUGUUGUAAACCCUGAUGGGGGCCCAAAUGUCUUGAUAGCCUAACAAUGAAGAAAACGAUUUUAUCUAGGCCCUACUUCCACUGUCUUCGAGUUGCUGAAUUUUCUUCACUGCUGUCUAUGGUUGGGAAGAACUUUUGAUAGGUUUUGAUAAACAUUCUGAUGAGGGUUGUAACUCUUUGAGCAGAGUGGCAUGUUCAAGAUCAUCUUUCUCGGGGGCCAAGGAGCUAACUCUGCAUAACUCUGCACGGAUCAUUCAGGGCACUUGUUUUGAUCCCCACCUGGUUAGCUAAAAAAAUACAAAUUAUAAUAAUAGUUUUUGUUGUUGCCUGUUUUGCAUGUUAUUUUGGCAUUAAUACGUGUGUCACACAUCAGUUUGCAAACAAUAAAGCCGCAUACAAACAUG